GCAAAUUCAAUUAAAAUUUCAACCAAAAUUGAAUUUUCAAAACAGGACAAAUGCUGUCGCAAAUGCACUCCCGAAGAUUUGCUACGACUCAAGACACAGGACUGGUGGCUAACCUGUUUUCUACGAGCCAACAGCUACGACUUAGACAUUAGUUAUACGGUUUUAUCACAAUGUAUUCAAUGGAGAACCAAUUUUCAAGUCGAACGCAUCAGUAUUCUUGGAAUGAAGCCUCUUCUCGACCGCGGCCUUGCAUACCUUCAUGGACGAGAUCUUACCGAAUGCUCUAUACUAUGGAUCAACCUUGCCCAGUACCGUCCAGGUGACAUCGGUUUCGAAAAUCUCUUCAUAUUCUGGCUCGAGCGUCAUACGAUGGAUACGAAAGCCGAUCCUCUGACGAUUGUAGUGGAUAUGACUGGGACGAGUAUGAAAAACAUGGAUAUGAAUUCAUUCAAAUUCAUUUUACAUGCUUCCAAAUACUAUUACCCCAAUACUGUUCAUGAUAUGGUCAUUUUCGAAUCCCCACCAAUAUUUAAUGCCACGUGGAGGGUGAUCGAAUCAUGGUUGACUCCAGGUCAUCCGCAAAUUCACCAUGUUGAUAAGGAAGCCAUCGCCCACUUCAUCGACAGUAAAUACCUUCCACGACACAUGGGAGGAGAGGACCACUUCCAAUUUAGUAUGGAUGAACUUGCCAAGUGUUUACCACCUCCAAAUCCACCAGAAAACAACCACAUGAACUUGGACGACACAGAUCGCAGCCCAGAGAGGAAUGGAAUUGAUUCAGUCGCAAUGAGGAGGGCCGUAACGUUCGAUGACGAUGACGAAGAAGCAAAUCGAAAAACCCCGUUGACAUUGACCAGAAAGGUUAGCAACGGAUCAGUGAAGCGCGGUAUUCCACAAAAUUUGAAGCCAAUGGUGGAAGCAAGGAUGCGCAGUCCCGACAUAGAAUGGAUCAAAAAUGCUUUUCUUCAUAUAAGUCCACGCGACAUAUUGACUUUGAACCGUCUCGAAAACAAUACUGACUAUGUAGAUGUCGUGGCCGUGCGAAACGUCUCUCAAUCUUCGGUGAUGUUCAAGAUUAAAACAACAUCACCGGAAAAGUUUCGAGUUCGUCCUAGCACUGGCCUUAUUCCAGCUGGAACAACAGAUAUCAUUCGCGUCUAUCUACAAAACGAGUAUAGGAACUCCUGCUCAAGAGAAAAAUUUUUGCUCAUGGCGCUCGAGACAGAAAGCAACAACCUGGAAAUGUUCGGUGAUCUAUGGAAAAAUGCCGAACAUAGCAAAAAAGUGGAGCAAAAGUUAAAGUGCAGAAUAGCUGACGACGCCUCCAGCGAAGGAUCAAACACAGAGAAAGUAGGAAGAAAAACUAGUAUCAGUUCUCAGCAAGAACAAAUUGAUCGACUACGAUUGCAUUGUGAAUGGCUACAGCGCUCCCAACGAAUGCUUAUGUUUGCCACAUUGACCCUAUUCUUCGCUUUGGUAGUACUGUUACUUUAUGAAAAGUCAAAUCACGCUGCUUUGGAGACUGCUGUCGAAACGUUGAUAAAGAAGCUGGAUGUCACCGCAACAUGUGAAUCGCAUUCCGAUUCCAAGCGAGAGACACUGCCACCAGUUUCUUAUGAAGAAGAUUUGUAA